GACUAAACCAAAACAUUAUUAAAAAUAUAUAUUCUUCAACACAAAAAUGGAAGAAGUGAAAUUGCUUGGUGUUAGUGGUAGUUCCUAUAGUCGUAGAGUUGAAUGGGCCUUGAAAGUUAAAGGAGUUAAAUAUGAAUUUAUAGAAGAAGAUUUACAAAACAAGAGCCUUCUUCUUCUUGAAUCCAAUCCUGUUCUUAAUAAAAUUCCAGUGCUAAUUCACAAUGGAAAGCCCAUUUGUGAAUCUAUGGUAAUUCUUGAAUAUAUUGAUGAGGCAUUUGAAGGUCCGUCUAUCUUGCCUAAAGACUCUUAUGAACGAGCUAUUGCACGUUUCUGGGCUAAAUUCCUUGAUGGAAAGUGCUUGGAAGUAGUGGGGAAAGCUCUGUGGAGCAAAGGAGAUGAACAAGAGAAGAGCAAACAAGAAGAAGCUUAUGAGAUGCUGAAAAUUGUUGACAAUGAACUCAAGGACAAAAAGUUUUUUGGGGGAAAUAAAAUUGGAUUUGUUGAUGUUGCUGCAAAUUACAUCCCAUUUUGGGUGGAAAUUGUGGAAGAAGCUACUGGAGUUGUGUUGAUUACAAGUGAAAAGUUUCCUAAUUUGUGUGCUUGGAUAGAUGAGUACCUCAAUUGUAGUGAAGUUAAAGAAAAUCUUCCUGAUAGAGAUACGAUGCUUAGUUUUUUUAAAGAUAAAGCACUAGCUGCUAAAUGAACAUCUAUUGAAUUGAUUGUGUAAAAGUCUAAGAUAUCUUGUGUGUGGAAGGGAUCUAGGUAGCUUAGUUUUCUCAAUUUAGGUGAUUUUUGUUUUAUGUGUUGAGGCAAGGGGUGAUGAAAAUAUAAUAAGAAUGAAGACA